UAGAAGGAAAGGAAAACCCUAAACGCUCCUGUUGUUGUUGACUUGACCCUAAUUAAUUUAUAGAGCGAACAGAAAAGGAUGGCUUGAGCUUUGACCACAGAUUAUCCACCUUGUCUGUCUGGAGCAGGAGGAGAAUAGCUAACCGAGAAAAAAAAAUUUAAUCGUUAAUUAUACACUGUAAGAAGUGGGUCUUUUUGGCUCUCAGUUUUUAGUCUGAGCGAUACCUAAUUUAACCAUUUUAUUUUGGCCAAAUUUGCAGUCACUAGCAAUGGCUACUGCCAAUCUUCAGUUUCUCCAAAAUCCAUUCCCAAGACCCACUUUUUCUUCUAAAUAUUUAGUGAUGAGAGCUCCGAAAAUGGUGUUCAAGUGUGGUUGUAGCAGUAGCAGCAGUGUUGGGGGGGAUGCUUUCUCCCUCACUUCUUCCAGCAAGUGUGAUGUUGAUUAUUUGGGUGAAAGCACCAAAGGCGAUUUAAACAUCAAUCUGAAACAUCUUGAGAAUUUCGGGCUUGAUGGCCAGGCCACUUUAGAAGGUCCAAUUGAACAGGUAGCUAGGUUGGAGGCUGAGGAAGCUGGGAGUUUACUCAGAGACUUGGGUAUCCCGAGUCCUUCAGCAGCAAGGCUCUCUCCUCGUGGUAUGUUUUGCACCCGGACGCUGAAUCUUAGGUCAAUAAGUGCAAUAGGAUAUGACAUGGACUACACUUUGAUACAUUAUAAUGUGAUGGCUUGGGAAGGGCGGGCUUAUGAUUACUGCAUGGAGAAUUUAAAGAGUAUGGGUUUUCCUGUUGAGGGACUUGCCUUUGACCCUGAUUUGGUAAUUAGGGGUCUUGUUAUUGACAAAGAGAAAGGUAAUUUGGUUAAGGCUGACCGGUUUGGCUAUGUUAAAAGGGCCAUGCAUGGCACUAAAAUGCUAUCUACUCGAGCUGUUAGCGAGAUGUAUGGGAGAGAACUGGUGGAUCUGCGGAAGGAGAGUCAAUGGGAGUUCCUUAAUACACUAUUUUCUGUUUCAGAAGCUGUUGCAUACAUGCAGAUGGUGGACAGAUUGGAUGAUGGAGUCAUUCCAGCAGAUCUUGGUCCACUGGACUAUAAAGGACUUUACAAGGCUGUUGGAAAGGCUUUAUUCAGGGCACAUGUAGAAGGUCAACUUAAGAGUGAGAUAAUGUCCAAACCUGAAUUAUUUGUGGAGCCUGAUCCAGAGCUACCUUUAGCACUUUUGGAUCAAAAGGAGGCAGGUAAAAAGUUGCUGCUUAUUACAAACUCAGAUUACCAUUACACAGACAAAAUGAUGCAGCAUUCUUUUAACAGAUUCUUGCCCAAUGACAUGGGUUGGCGAGAUCUUUUUGACAUGGUGAUAGUCUCAGCAAGGAAGCCAGAGUUCUUCCAAAUGUCACACCCAUUAUAUGAGGUUGUGACUGGUGAGGGCUUAAUGCGUCCAUGCUUCAAGACUCGUACAGGAGGUUUGUACUCGGGGGGAAGUGCUCAGAUGGUUGAGAAUUCCCUAAAUAUCCAUGGAGAUGAGAUUCUUUAUGUUGGCGACCAUAUUUACACUGAUGUAAGUCAAUCCAAAGUCCAUUUACGAUGGCGAACGGCAUUGAUUUGUCGAGAAUUGGAGGAAGAGUAUAAGGCUUUAAUACAUAGUCGUGGUCCUCGUGCAACUGUGGUAGAGCUUAUAAACCAAAAGGAGGUUGUAGGGGAUCUCUUUAACCAACUACGGUUGGCUCUGCAACGCCGAACCAAAGGACGCCCAGCUCAGACACUUGCUGCAACUAACAUGGAUGACCGAGAACUGACAGAAAGCAUGCAGAAGCUGCUUAUUGUUAUGCAAAGGCUUGAUGAGAAGAUUGCUCCAUUGCUAGAAGCAGAUGGAGAGCUGUUUAAUAAAAGGUGGGGCUUUCUUUCACGUGCGGGUCUGUGGGACAAAAGCCACUUGAUGCGUCAAAUAGAGAAGUAUGCUGAUAUAUAUACAUCUAGAGUGUCGAAUUUUCUGAAUUAUACUCCUUUCAUGUAUUUCCGAUCACAAGAGCAGACACUUGCUCACGAUACAUAUUCACAUUACUGUUCAGAACAUAAUGGGAGUUCGACAAACUAGUGAAGUUCGGAGUCAUCUUGAUGGUGAUGAUGAUGAAGCUUUAGAAGAUAAUUUGUGUAUUUUUAUAUAAAUAAAUGUACUAAUAUACCUGGAGUAAACAACCAAUGGAUGAGCUGAGCUGAGCAAGCAGUUUAGAUUGUUGUGCGUGUGUUAGCUUAGCUGUUUAUGGUGGAUCAUUCAUGCUGAGAGUGGAAUGUCAAAAUGUAGAAGAAUAAGCACUUUUAACACAUUUCCCCCCCCCUAAACAUGAUUUAAGCUUUGUUAUAUAUAGGCCUGGUCAGUCCAAGCAUGGGUUAAUAUGAUCCUAAAA